UUCGAAAAGGACGCCAUUUAAUUAAAGCCAUCAUGCCGGAUAGAUCAGGAGAGAAAUCAAGGAACAGAUCGAGAGAGCGAUCAAAAGAGAGACCUCGAGAAUCUUCUGAUCGUAAAAGGAUUUCCUCUGCAGUUGUCGUGUCGAAAUCUUUCCAAAAAGCUCAUGAUAAAAGAGAUCCUAUCAAAGAGAGAAGAGGCUACAGACAGAGAUCUCCAGAUAAUGACCGUGAAUCUGACAGAGGAGGACAGAGACUCCGUAUGGACCGCGAUGAGAAUAGAAGAGAACAUAGAAAACAGAACAUAAGCGAGCGACUUGGGCAACGACCUAGAAAAACUGAUUCCCAAGGCGAACGGGAAGACAACGAGGAUCCCAGCGCAACUAGAUGGAAACAGAGAAAUGAGCGUUAUUCUCAACAAGGUAGAGGUGCAGCUUCAAAUCCAAACAGACGCACAGUGUUUGACCGCCUAGACUCAGGCCCACCUCGAGAUAGAAUGUCCAACAGAACUCAGCAAGGUGGAGGGUCCUGGGACCAGAGGAUGGUUGAAGUUGAUGUCAAUCCACAAGAUGUGCCUCGAGGGAAACGUUACUUCAUGCAUGAUGAUCGUGAAUUACCUAGACGGCAGAAAUCUGACAGAUCGAGAGCUCGUUCAAGGAGUCCAUUGUGGGUUCAUGAUAAGUUUGAUGACCUUGAAACAGAUGAGGUUAAGGAUGAUGAAGAAGCAGCUCAUGAUGAUGAUGAUGAUGAUGGUGACGAUGAUACAGAGAUGCAAGACAUGCAAGUCUCGCAUGUGCAGGAAAGGGAGCGGUCCAGGGAUGGGCCCAGGCGUAGAGAAAAUCAGCGCCGCAACUAGCCUUUCCAGUAGGAAGCCAGUCUCCUUGAUAUACAUGUAUUAGUUCCACAAAAGGUUACAUAGAACUGUGGGGUCAGUUGAAUGACUCCAUUUAAGGACUCACCCUUGGUCCUGGAGGGGCUAAACUCCAUUCUUAGAUACAUGUCCCUUUCCACUUUGUGUAAGGGAACAAUGAAAACACAGAUCGUGCUGCUAGACUCUGUUGUCUGACUUGCAAAACUUGUGUUGCUCACGCUAAUGGCGCUUUCGUAAAAAGCUACACUCCACCAACAUCUUUCAGUGAUAUGACAACUUUCUUCCAUUUUAAUCAUGUUUUGUAACCAUCCAUCGUAUAUUUUUGGAUGUGAAGCACUUUUAAAUUUCUUUGUAGGACGUUUCUUUAAAUAAUAAUAGUCAAUAUUCAAUUCUUAAAAAAAUGAAACUUCAUUCCACA